AGAGGCGGGGACUGAUAAAGACUCCAGCGUUUACAGUAGCUCAGACGCAUCGGGCAUAGACAUAGCGAGUUACACCCCCAGUCUCUGGACAGUUUUCUCCUGGGCUCGAUGCAGAUAUUUUGUUUGGGUCAGUCAAAGUUGAUAAGUGACACGACGUCGGAUAAAAUCCGAGAGAAGAAGGCACUGGACGCGAAGGUACACUGCAGUCUGCUGGCUGAAGGUCAUUUUGUAAUCAGAUCAAUAUCUGCUGGGAUGGUUCAGACACGAUGGGCCAGUAGGCUCCAGUGAGUCCUGCUUCAGAUCACCUACUCUCUGCUUUGAUACCAUUUGACCAUCACAUGAGGCUCUAUGAGAGGAGCUGCACAGACUGAUUUUGGAUCAGAAUGAACUUUGCCUGUAGCUGUUUUGUAUCCAAACACAUUGUGCAUCAAUAGGAGUGCUGCACAUGCUCAGUCGGGCCUGUUUGGUGUUUUGUAGUAUCAACAGGAAGCACUCCUUCCUCCGCCUCCUCCUCUCUCCUCCAGGAGCAUGCCCUCUGAGCCUCCUCCCAGCUCUCAGGACAUGCUGACAGGACAGAGGCUGUGUCAAUCCAAAUCCCACCAGGACUCUGUCCUCUCUGCCCUUAAUCAGCAGCGCAAGGAUGGACUGCUCUGCGAUGUCACCUUGGUCGCCGGGGAACAGAAGUUCCACGCUCACAAGGCGGUCCUGGCAGCCUGCAGCGAUUACUUCCGGGCCAUGUUCAGUCUGUGUAUGGUGGAGAGUGAGGCAGAUGAGGUAACUCUCCAGGGUGUGACGAGCGUCGGACUGAAGCACGCACUGGACUUCGCCUACACAGGCCAGAUCAUGCUGGAGCCAGGAGUGAUACAAGACGUCCUGUCUGCUGGAAGCCACCUUCAGCUGCUGGAACUGCUCAGCCUCUGUUCCCACUAUCUCAUUCAGGAGCUGAACAGUUUUAACUACCUGGACCUGUACAGGCUGGCAGACCUCUUCCACUUGCCGGCCCUGGAGGAAGCAGUGGUGGGCUUUCUGGUGGAUCACCUCUCUGAGCUGCAGAAGAACAGACAAGAGGAAGUGCUGCUCCUACCUUAUCGGCUCCUCAGGGAAGUACUAAAAAGCGACCGGCUCACCUCUCUCAGUGAGGAGGAGAUAUGGCAGUUAUUGGUGCGUUGGCUGGAGCACGACUGCAGAUACCAGUACAUGGAGGAACUACUGCAACACGUGCGCUACGGCCUGAUGGAGGUCUCCGCCCUGCACCGUGUGGCCAGCAGCCACCCCUUCCUCAAUUCCAGCAGCACUGUCGCCGCCCUAGUGGAGGAGGCAUUGGACUACCACCGCUCUGUAUUUGCACAGCCUUUACGUCAGACGGCCCGCACAACGCCUCGCUUUCAGUCACUAACUUUAUAUAUCAUCGGCGGGCGCAAACGGGAGGUCAGCCGCGUACGGGAGCUGCGGUUCUUCAACCCUGCUGCGCAGGAGCACACGCGUGUUGCCGGGGGUUCGAACUGGAGUGAAUUAGCACCCAUGCCUGCUGGACGAAGUCACCACUGUGUGGCUGUCAUGGGCAACUUCCUGUUCGUGGCUGGCGGGGAGGUGGAACACGCCACUGGAAGGACAUGUGCGGUGAGGACGGCGUGCCGGUACGAUCCGAGGGUAAACCGCUGGACUGAUAUUGCACCGAUGAAGGCGUGCAGGGAGCACUUUGUGCUGGGAGCUCUGGGACAGUAUCUCUAUGCCGUCGGGGGGAGGAACGAACUAAGGCAGGUUCUGCCCAGUGUGGAGCGCUACUGCCCCAAAAGGAACAAGUGGACCUAUGUGCAACCUUUCGACCGUUCGCUGUCCUGUCAUGCAGGAUGUGUGGCUGACGGGUUGCUCUGGGUAUCAGGUGGUGUCACUAACACAGCUCAGUACCAGAAUCGACUGAUGGUGUAUGACCCAGGACAGAAUCAGUGGAUAGCGCGCAGUCCCAUGUUGCAGAGGAGGGUGUACCAUGUGAUGGCGGCAGUCAAAAGGCAGCUAUAUGUGCUUGGGGGGAACGAUCUAGACUACAACAAUGACCGCAUCCUAGUUAGACACAUCGACUCUUAUGACAUGGACAUGGACCAGUGGACACGCUGCACCUUCAGUCUUCUCACAGGCCAAAAUGAGGCAGGAGUGUCUGUCCAUGAUGACAGAAUCUAUGUGGUUGGUGGAUAUUCCAUCUGGACAAAUGAACCCCUUGCAUGCAUUCAGGUGCUAGAUGUGAGCACCAAAGGUAAAGAGGAGGUUUUUUAUGGGCCAACGCUCCCAUUCGCUUCAAAUGGAGUGGCGACGUGUUUCUUGCCUGCACCGUACUUCACCUGCCCCAACCUGCAGACCCUACAAGUGCCACAUCACAGGAUAGGGGCUCUCUAACCUCUCCACUCAUUACUCAUUGAGGAUAUUCCCACAAACACACUAUGAACCAGUGGAAUCAUGUAAGAGCCUAUUCUACUCCCACAAAUUGUGACUGGUGGAUGGAGUGGAGUCAUUGUUGAUCAUACAUUGAUCAUGUAGAGCCAGCAUGAAGUGUUCUGAUGGAUGUGGAAACAUUCAAAAAGAAGUUCAAGAGUUUUUGUCAAGCUUGACUGGCGUUCAUGCAUUUCUGAACUGGAUAUGCGAUGGUGCUGCACCGUGCUAAUCCAGUUUAACAAGCAGUGUGUAAAUCUGUCUGAAUGAUUAAGAGACACUUUAUGGCCCAGGCCCAAAUGGCACACUUGAUGUGAACCUGUGGCCUAUCAAGUCUAAAAGACUGUCCCAUUUGUCAUUUUAACAUUCAAAAGGGCGUUCAUACCUCACAGUCAACUUUUACUCAACAAUCCAUGCAGAAUUACAUCUAAGGAAAAAUGCAAGGGCAUUUUGGAAAGGGUCGGAAGUGCAAGGGACCGGUUUUCUUAGAUUCUUAGGAUUCAAUCCACUUUCCACUCUGACCUUAAUGUUCUGCACCGCUAUAAUGUUGGACUCAGCUGAACGUCAGUUGAAGUUCCUGUUCAUUCCAUGUCAUUUCUCAGCAUGUGACAAACUGUACUUUCUAUCAAAACUCAGGAUGAUGUAUUGUUUACUGAAUGUGUAUGACCACAGCUGACGACAAAUACACACACAGCAUCUUCACAAUCUGCGUCAACAGUGGCAUCUUGACUGUUCUCCAUCCUACCACCAAAAACUACCCAUUCCAUAAGAAAACAUGUAAGGGCACACUUUUUUUACAUAAUGUCUAUAAUAAAUUUAUGCAGUUGUGCAAUAAUGUUUAAAAUGGUGAGGUUUUUUUUUUUAUCUUUAAUUCACUGGAUACAAACAGACGAGCAGUACCUUUAUUCCCAAACCUAUUUACAGUGUUCCCACUCUACUUUUUGACCAGUGAAGUUUUCCUGUCAUUUGUGAUCACUGGCAGUGUUGGGGAAAGUUACCUUUAAAUGUAGUGCAUUACAGUAAGAUAAUAAAUUAAUAGCAUUACUUAGUUACUUUUUAUGGAAGGUAAUGUUAAGUUAUUUUUGCAUUACUUUUUCUUUUCUGGGCUGGGCUUCCUUGUUUGUUUGUUUUUUAAUAACAAUUUUUUUUAAAUAUUUUUGGCUAAUGUAAAGGCCCUUUCACACCAAAAGUGAAAUGAAUACGCCUCAGGCUAAAGGAAAUGCAAAUUCACACGCAACUCAAACAGACCUUUCAGCCGUGCUGCCAUUCUGGACUGCAGAAGAAUAGGACACAAGAGAAGAAAGUUCAACACUUUUAUUUUAAUAAUAAAAACAAAAAAAUUAAACACAAAUGUGAUGUCUCA